AUGGCAUCUUCUGAAACACCAUCAUCACAACCACCAUCACAAGAAGCAUCUUCAGCUCAAAGUUUAGUUCAAAAUAAUGUUAGAGGAAAGACUGAUAUUGCUUGGGCACAUUGUAUUAGAACUCCUGAUGGAAAAUCUCUUGUUUGUAUGUAUUGUCACAAAUCUUUUGGUGGAGGUGGAAUUCAUAGGGUAAAGCAACACUUGGCUGGAAUAGUAGGAAAUGUUGAAAUUUGUAAGAAAGUGUCAGCUGAAAUUCGUUUUCAGAUGAAACAACAUUUCAAUGAGCGGAGCAAGAAAAGAAAAGCUUCAGAUGUGGCUGAAAGUGAGUCAUUUGCUGCGGAGGGAGGUGAAUUGCAAAUUGGUGCAUCUAAAAAGAAUGACACUCGCAUUGGUACUUAUUUUUUACCAAGAACAACUCCGGGAGCUCAGACUACUUUAAAAAGUGUGAUGCAAAGUAAAGAAGUGGUAGAAAAGUGUGAUCUUGCUAUUGCCAAGUGGUUUAUUGAUGCAUCUAUUCCUUUCAAUGCUGCAAAUUCACCGUAUUUUCAACCUGCAGUCGAUGCUCUUUGUUGUAUGGGUGCUGGAUAUAAAGUUCCUACCAUGCACGCUCUUCGAGGUAAUUUGUUAAAUAUGUGGGUUGAUGACGUGAAGAUACAGAUAGAGCAAUAUCGUUCUAUUUGGAAGGAUACAGGUUGUACUCUUAUGGCAGAUGGGUGGACUAAUCAUUGUAGGAGAACUCUUAUCAACUUUUUAGUUUAUUGCCCCAAAGGAACUGUUUUCAUAAAGUUUGUUGAUGCCUCAGGUGCUUCUAAAACUGCAGAAACAUUGUUUAAGCUUUUCAGGGAAAUAGUGUUGUAUGUUGGCCAAGAAAAUGUUGUUCAAAUCGUUACAGAUAAUGCUGCGAACUAUGUUGCUGCUGGAAAGUUGUUGGAAAAGGAGUUUCCUAAGUUGUUUUGGUCUCCUUGUGUGGCACACUGUAUUAAUUUGAUGUUGCAAGACAUGGGGAAAUUAGAGGAAGUAAGUGAGGCAGUGUCACAUGCUUCAAAAAUUACGAAAUACAUAUAUAAUCAUUGUUUUGCAUUGUAUUUGAUGAGACAAAAUACAGGUGGAAAAGAAAUACUCUGUCUUGCUCCAACCCGCUUUGCUACUAAUUUCAUUGCAUUGCAAAGUAUUCUGUCUCAUAAAGAUGCACUAAGAGUCAUGGUAACAUCCAAAGAGUGGACAACCACAACUUAUUCCAAAGAUGUCAAGGCAAAGCAAUUUGUGGAACAAGUCUUAGACUCAAGCUUUUGGUCUAAAUGUGCUGACAUAGUGAAAAUGACAGAACCUCUUGUACGUGUGUUGCGUAUUAUUGAUAGUGAAGAUAAGCCGACUAUGGGAUAUCUCUAUCGAGCUAUGUAUAAAGCAAGAGAGGAGAUUGAGAAGAGGUUUAGAAGAAAUAAGUUGAAAGUAGAGCCUUAUUUGAAGAUCUUGGAUAACCGUUGGGAUGCACAACUUCGGAAAAAUCUCCAUGCUGCUGGUUAUUGGUUAAAUCCAUCUUGUAGAUUUGGUCCGGAAUAUGAAAAAAACAAGUCCACCACCCAAGGCCAUUUGGAUGUCAUUGAAAAGUAUGCUUAUGAUAGUAAGGACUUGCGAUCUAAAUUAACUGCUGAGAUGACUUCAUUCAAAAAUUGUGAAGAUCAAUGGUGGGAUACUUAUGGAACCGAAGCGCCGAAUUUGCAAAAGCUGGCUAUUCGAAUUUUGAGUCAAACUUGUAGUGCAUCUGGUUGUGAACGAAAUUGGAGUGUGUUUGAACACAUUCAUUCAAAAAAUAGAAAUAGAACCAAGAAGAAACAAAAUUAUGAUCCUAUUAAUUUUGAAACACUUGGUGAUCAUUCUAAUUGGGUGUUGGAGGAUUCCCCACCAUUCUUGACCAUUGAGGAGGUGGAAGCGCUACGCAAAGAUCUUGCUAGUAUGACAAUCCAACCUAUUUCAGAUGAUAUUGAUGAAUUAAAUUUGGAUGAGGUUGAUGUUGAGGGAGAUGCACCACUUAACUCCGGAGAAAACAACCAAAGUAAUGAUAUCAUUGAUGGGGAAGAUGUUGCAAAUGCGAUUGAUUUUGUCAGAGAUGGUUUUGAUAUUGAAGGAGAUCCCAAAAUUGAGAUAAUUUUACCUCCUUGGAACUAA